AUCUGGCGUACAUCUAAUCAUGUAAACAGAACACACAGUGUUGUAUCUGUGUUUUAAAUGGGCCAAUGAAGAAACCGCUGAACUAUCCCAUGGAGCUAGUCGCAUAGUGCAUUAAAACAGAGCAGGCCUGUUGAUAGAAGAUUUAGUUAUGUCGGGAUUACUGGCUCGUGUGUGUCGUACUUCCUUCUAUUCUGGCAGCAUCCAACGGUAUACAGCCCCUGCCAUAGAAGUAAUACCUAUUCAGCUAGGUGCAACUCAGCAGCAGCUGAUUGUUCGUGGGAAAAGCACAAAGCCGAAGCGUCGUAAGGUUCACCCAUUUCAUUGGUGGGUCCGAAAACAUCGGGCAGAGGGCGACUAUGAAGACUACCUUACAAAAGAGAACAAAAGCUUCUUGUUAGAAGAGGCACAAAAAACAUAUCUUGCACCCAACGAGUCCCCGUUGCGGGAGGAACCAUGGCCACUGGGUCAAUGGACGGAAGGCGUUCGGCGAACAGGCAUCAUCGCGCGAAAGAUUGGUGUCCAACCGAUGUGGACUAACGAUGGCAAGCGAGUACUUAGCACGCUAUUGCAGGUAUGCGACCAAAACGUUCUUGACUUUAUCAAAUCAGAGGACUUUGCUCACAGCCGAUUCGGCUUCAAGUCCAGAGGCUAUGGCGCACUCAUCGUUGGCGCCGAUUCACGUUUGCCGUUCAGAUAUACGCAGGCGUAUCUCGAUUUGUUCAAAAAAGCGGGCUGUAUGCCGAAAAAAAAAAUUACUAGAUUUCUGAUUUCGGAUAGCGCUGCGAUUCAACCCGGCACACCAUUAUUUGCCGGACAUUUCCGUCCCGGCGACUGGGUGAAUGUCUACGGAAAGACGAUUGAUAAAGGAUUUAUGGGAGCCGUCAAACGAUGGGGUUUGAAAGGUAACCGCGCUACGCACGGAUGUACAAAAAGUCACAAUAGAGCUGGUUCUAUGGGCAGUCGAGGCCGUGUCCUCAAAGGUCGAAAGAUGCCUGGCCACGAGGGAAAUGAGCGAAAGCUCUGUGCUGGCUUGAAAGUCUGGCGAAUCAAUCACCAGCAUAACGUCAUUUGGGUGCACGGACCAGCAGUGCCCGGUCCCACGAAUGCAUUUGUCUAUAUCUACGAUUCGUUGUUUGGUAAGAAAGCGCCGACAGCCGAGAAUCCACCACCAUUCCCAACAUACUAUCCUGAUCCGGAGAACCCGCUGCCAGUUGAGGUCUACGAUAAGGACUUCCACCGACAUGAUGAUUCGUCGAUUGUGCUCGAAGAGGAGCAGCAGGUCAAGCGAGAGCUUAAGGUGAAGGCCAAAAUGAAGAGCAAAGUGAAGGCCGGUGGCAAGAAACGAUAGAAGUUGGCAUAUAUGACAUUAAAGCGAAAGUUGUAUCUGGGGGAGAAAGUAAUAUAGGCUGUUGCAGUGUUUGGUCAAGCUAUUUAAAUACUAGAGUUGUGUUUUUAAGUUAGGGGACUUAAGACGGUUGGGGCAUACAUCAAUGAAAAUAGGUUUAAUUGAAGAAAGGCAGGGGUAUUUGAAGGCUAGGAAUGCACAUGGCCAGCUGUAGAUGAAACUAAUAAGCCUUUAUUGCAUAGAAUAAACUAGAUUUUACAUUUAA